CUCACAAAUCCCUAAUUUUGACUUGCAGAUUUCCAAUCGACCACCAGGCCCCGAUCUUCUUCGCCAUGGUCACCGCCUGACUUGCAAAUAGUCUUCGCCGACACCACCGCCGAACUUUCAGUUAAUCACUGCCUCUCUGUAUCUCACAUUCUAUAACUGCCUCUCUGUAUCUCACAUUCUAUCUUUAUUUCUCCCUACAUCUCGACGAAACAACAGUCAAUCAGAUUGCGCAAGUUUGGUUGAAAUUUUGUUGACUAAUAUAGUCAAAUGACUUCAAUCAGAAUAUUAAGCUUGAAAUCGCUUCAUCGUUCUAUGAAGUACGGGACUGGACCUGACAUAAGACCAUCAAUUGUAUUUUUGUGUAGAAAUAAUCCCACUAGAGAAUCUGGGCAUGCCCUUAAUUUUGGAAAAAUGGGUUUGAACUUUACCGUUGAUAUUCAGAAUUCUAAGGGAAAUUGUUUAAAUCCAUAUUUUUCGCGUAGGCUAUUUACGAAUUCGAAUUCUCGAGGUGCAUUUGCAUUUGCUGGGGAGAGUCCUGUGAUGAAUUAUAGGUUGUUCUCGUCGCGCACGGGUAAUGAAGGUAACAUUACUCAAGGCCCUGAUUUGCCAGUGGCUGUGGAUGCACGUGGGCCUAGUAGUGUAAGCGAUGGUAGUAAUGGUGGGGGUGAUUGGCUUGAAAAAGUUAAAGACGCAUGGCAUUCUACCCUUGAUGUUGUAAAAUAUACAGGGGAGAAAGCAAAAGACGCGUCUGAUGAAGUGAUGCCACAUGUUCAACAAUUACUAGAUACUCAUCCUUAUCUUAGAGACAUUAUUGUCCCUGUUGGUGGUACUUUGGCCGGUACAUUAUUGGCUUGGGCAGUAUUGCCAAAGCUUUUGAGAAGAUUCUAUAACCUGUCGAUGCAAGGCCCAGCUACUUUCUUAGUCAAGAGCUCAUUGUGGGGGCCUGUUCCUUAUGAGAAAAGUUUUUGGGGCGCAUUGGAGGAUCCAAUUCGAUAUUUGGUCACUUUCAUGGCAUUCUCUCAGAUUGGAGAGAUGGUGGCACCAACUGUUAUUACCACAGAGUACGUUACACAGGCUUGGAGAGGUGCUGUUAUCAUGUCACUUGUAUGGUUUCUCCAUCGGUGGAAAACAAAUGUGAUUACUCGAGCUUUAGCAUUGAAGAGUUUGGAAGGCUUUGACCGAGAUAGGCUGUUAACUUUGGACAAAAUUUCCACGGUUGGUCUCUUUGUUGUUGGUUUGAUGGCCUUAGCCGAGGCAUCUGGUGUGGCCGUGCAAUCUAUCUUGACAGUGGGAGGCAUAGGAGGAGUGGCUACUGCUUUUGCAGCAAGAGACAUACUUGGAAAUGUUCUCAGUGGACUAUCUGUACAGUUUUCCCAACCAUUUUCAAUUGGAGACACCAUCAAAGCUGGAUCUGUAGAAGGUCAAGUGGUCGAAAUGGGUCUUACAACAACAUCACUGCUGACUGCAGAAAAAUUUCCGGUUAUCGUUCCAAAUUCACUGUUCUCCAGUCAGGUGAUUGUAAAUAAAUCACGGGCUCAAUGGCGUUCUAUGGUCAGAAGAAUUCCGCUACAUAUUGAUGACUUAGAAAAGAUUCCCCUGCUAUCGGAGGAUAUAAAGACCAUGCUCAAAUCAAAUUCAAACGUGUUUUUGGAAAAGGAGGCGCCUUACUGUUUCUUGUCUAGAAUAGAGAGGUCAUAUGCAGAACUUACUCUUGGAUGCAAUCUUAAACAAAUGAACAAGGAUGCUGAGCAGGAUAUUCUUCUCCAGUCCGUUCGGAUAAUCAAGAAACACGGUGCUAAACUAGGCAGCACCCAGGAAGAUGGAGUCAACCCCUAACAUGGGUACAAGGACGCAGUAAGAUUGCUAAACUUGUUGCAUAUUGGAAAACUCUUGAGAAGCUAUACAUCUUCAAAACAAACUUCUUCUGUUGACGAAUUUUUAAGAAACAGUAGGCAGUUUCCACAUCUUUGAGUGCAGAAUAAGUUUGUACAUUGUAUCAAUGUGGCUCGUUUCGAGGGUAUUCUGGAUGAUCCAUUUACGGGUAUUUGCAUUUCUAAUGCGACGAUAGCUACGGCGAAGAAGGCUAAGAAGUAUCCAUAGACUUGUACUGAAAUUGAAGGGAUUAUGAGUGAUGUGGUGCCUAUACCGUGCAAUCUGCUGCUGGAUCAAGGUCUUGAGAAUGUCGGUACGUGUGAUUUUUCUUAGGAUAGCAUGGCGAUUGAUAAUAAAGAGUUACAGAGAUGUUCUUAGAAUAUGAAUUCGUAAAUGUAAGUUACUGUUAAAAGUUUUAUGUUUUGUCAUUUCCUAAAUUUGUGCAACUCUUGAAAUGUUCUCUUCAACUGUAAAAAUACAAGUUCUGGGUUCUUAAACUAUUACUUUGUUUGAUAG